GUUUGUUAUACCUACAUAAUACAUAUUUUCGGCUUUCAAGUUUUGUCUUACAUUGUUGAGUCACCGCACGCAGAUACAUUUUGGUCUUGCAUCACAUUAUAUUGAAAUUAUCAUUCAAUAACCUUUCUUUAAAUCACCCUGAAAGAGUAAGUGGAGAACACAAAAUGAGUCUUCAGUGGACCAUCAUCGCGUCAUUUCUAUACGCCGAAAUAGCAUUUGUACUGUUAUUGACCUUACCGAUCGCGAGUCCUGCAAGAUGGAACAAAUUCUUCAAAUCGAAGUUUCUAGCUUACAUGACAGGCCAAGCAUCCAUCUACUUUGUUGUUCUCAUUGGGGUUCUAGUUCUCUGCCUUCUCGACGCCAUUCGUGAGAUUCAGAAGUAUUCAAACGUUGAAUCUUCAGACCACCAACAUUUGGAUGCUGAGAUGCAAGGAAACAUGCGUCUGUUUAGAGCUCAAAGGAACUUGUACAUAUCAGGUAUUGCACUUUUCCUUCUAGUCGUUAUUCGGCGCUUGAUCCAGAUGAUCUGUGAGCUGGCGACCUUGUACGCCCAAUCCGAAGCGAACUUCCGUCAGGCUCAAAGCGCGUCUGUAGCCGCUAAAGCCCUUUUAGAAAAGCAAGGUGCUGGUGAUGAGGUCAACAAGAAGGAGAUGGAAGAUCUCAAGAGCCAGUUAUCAGCCUUGGAAAAGGAGUUAGCCAAGGAGAAGAAAGAUAAAGAAGCCGUGAAGUCCCAGGCGGAGAGCCUUAACCGUGAAUAUGAUAGACUUGCGGAGGAACACAGCAGGCUACAGAAGAAAAUCACAGUUGCUGGUGGUGAUAAGAAGGAUGAGUAGAAGAUUUUAGUCUCUUCCUUAUUAGAGUAAACUAUAUUACAUGUAUUCUGUCUGCUGACGUCAUGCUGUGAUUCAACUGAGCCUUGGAUAUCUGUAUAACAGUCUAUAUUAAAGGUAGAAUUUAAAAAUUAUUUUUAUAGCCUGUAUUAGGAAUUCACUGGUGUCGCUUCAAGUUAUUUUUGCUGGAUUAUUUCUUAAUAAUCAAAGUCUGAUUUUGUUUCAUUGGGAUAUUCUUAUUUAUGUGUGUUUGUUUUAUUUUUUUUUUGGUAGUUAUAGUGUAAGGUGUAAUAUUAAUCUUACUUUUUCUAUAGCUUUUAUAUAAAUGGUUAAUGUUAUUUCUAAUUGUUUACUAAUAAAAGACAUUUAAAUGA